AGCAGGUCCUGUCCCUAGGAGAUAACAGUGUCCUGGACAGCAGGUGCAGGCUUCCCAGCAGCUCAGGCAACAGCCUGAUGUCUGUGCCAUCUGAUCCUGAUGUCUGGAGAGAUAGCCAUGUGUGAGCCUGAAUUUGGCAACGGCAAGGCCAGGGAGCCGAGUGUGGGUGGCAGGUGGCGAGUGUCCUGGUAUGAACGGUUUGUGCAGCCGUGCCUGGUGGAACUGCUGGGCUCUGCUCUCUUCAUCUUCAUCGGGUGCCUGUCGGUCAUUGAGAAUGGGACGGACACUGGACUGCUGCAGCCGGCCCUGGCCCACGGGUUGGCUUUGGGGCUUGUGAUUGCCACGCUGGGGAAUAUCAGUGGUGGACACUUCAACCCUGCGGUGUCCCUGGCAGCCACGCUGAUCGGAGGCCUCAACCUGGUGAUGCUUCUCCCGUACUGGGUCUCACAGCUGCUCGGGGGGAUGCUCGGGGCUGCCUUGGCCAAGGCGGUGAGUCCCGAGGAGAAGUUCUGGAAUGCGUCUGGGGCAGCCUUUGUGACUGUCCAGGAGCACGGGCAGGUGGCAGGGGCAUUGGGGGCAGAGAUCAUCCUGACGACGCUGCUGGCCCUGGCCGUGUGCAUGGGUGCCAUCAAUGAGAAGACAAAGGGCCCUCUGGCCCCAUUCUCCAUUGGCUUUGCUGUCAUCGUGGAUAUCCUGGCCGGGGGCACUGUAUCUGGAGGCUGCAUGAAUCCGGCCCGUGCUUUUGGACCUGCAGUGGUGGCCAACCACUGGGACUUCCACUGGAUCUACUGGCUGGGCCCACUCCUGGCUGGCCUGCUUGUUGGACUGCUCAUUAGGUGCUUCAUUGGAGAUGGGAAGACCCGCCUCAUCCUGAAGUCUCGGUGAAGCCGAGCUCAUGGGAUUCCUGCUGCUCCAGGUGUCCUCAGCUCACCUAUCCAAGACUGAGGACCAGAGAGUUCCUGCAUUUCCUGCUAAGGCAGAGGCCCGGAGGAGCCACCCCCUGCUUUCACUGCUUGGGCCUGGUUUCUCAGACAGACUGACUGCUGAGGAGGCUCUAGGUUCCUGGAAUUCCUUUGUGCUCAUCAGAGACCCCAGCCUGGGGAACACGCUGCCCGCGCUGCCCAGAGUGCGGUGCAAACACCACAACACGAGGGUAUUUCUUGAGAGGAAGGUCCCCGAGUUGGAUGAGGAGGCUGUUUCUGCACAUCAGCUCAUUCUCGCACUCCGUUUCUUUCUCCUCCUCUUGUUUCUUGAUUGUUUUGUUGUAGAAGGGCCUUCUGGGGGCCCGGCCACUUCCUUGCUUCUCAAGCUGACAAUUCUCACUUUGCAAUAAAUAGUCCAGUAUUUCCUUCCA